CAUUUUAAUUUACUUCCGGACUCAGAGUCAGAGGCGGACUUCUUAAGGUCGUAUGUACCUAUUGCUUAUAUUCAGGCCUUGGAAAUCAAGUUCAACAUACACCGUGGAUUGUUUGACGACAUAUGUAUUUGAUGCAAAAAUAUCUUAUGUUGGCCGUAAUAUUAUUCAAAUCUUCCACGCAAAUUUUAUCGCAUCCUUGAGCCGUAUUCACGCGACAGGGGAACUGUCUCUGUUCUACCCUAACAGUCCCGUGUCAGCGUCCAUACAUUUUUGUGUGUGCAUGCGCUGACGUCAGUCGUAUACAAGACACAAACCUGCCUCAUUUUUUCCCUUAAAUGUGUCCUAUGCUUGAGACGAAUAUGGACAAAUAGCUUCGCAGGAGCCGAUUUCCAAACCAUCUUGACUGCGACAGCUGCAGGCACAUCUUACAUCAAUUCGGGAGGGACACGAAUUGCAAAUAUAACCGCAACAAAGCUACCGUUGCCCAGAGUGCGGCACAGGCACGAGCCGGCGACCACCACACCCGGCACCAUGAUGGAAGGAGGCAUGCAGCUGCUGAACCGCGAUGGCCACAGCAUCUCGCACAACUCCAAGCGCCAUUACCACGACUCCUUCGUGUCCAUGAACAGGAUGCGUCAGCGUGGGCUGCUGUGCGAUAUCGUGCUCCACGUCUCCAACAAAGAGAUCAAGGCGCACAAAGUCGUGCUGGCGUCUUGCAGCCCUUACUUCCACGCCAUGUUUACCAAUGAGAUGUCAGAGAGUCGUCAGACCCAUGUGACGCUACAUGACAUUGAUCCCCAGGCAUUGGAGCAGCUCAUUCAGUACACCUACACAGCCGAGAUCGUGGUCGGGGAGGGUAACGUUCAGACAUUGCUUCCGGCAGCUAGCCUGCUGCAACUCACUGGGGUGCGAGACGCCUGCUGCAAGUUCCUCCUCAGCCAGCUGGACCCCUCCAACUGUCUGGGUAUCCGAGGCUUUGCUGACACGCACUCCUGCAGCGACCUUCUCAAGUCAGCGCACAAGUACGUCCUGCAGCACUUUGUGGAGGUGUCCAAGACAGAGGAGUUCAUGCUGCUGCCGUUGAAACAGGUUCUGGAUCUGAUUUCCAGUGACAACCUAAACGUACCAUCUGAAGAGGAAGUGUACCGGGCUGUGCUGAGCUGGGUGAAACAUGACAUAGAUGGGCGCCGGCCACAUGUUCCAUGGUUGAUGAAGUGCGUGCGGCUGCCACUGCUGAGGCGAGACUUCCUGAUGAGCAAUGUGGACACGGAGCUACUGGUGCGUCACCACUCUGAGUGCAAGGAUCUGCUGAUCGAAGCGCUCAAGUAUCACCUGAUGCCUGAGCAGAGAGGCGUCCUCAGCAACAGCAGGACGCGACCUCGCCGCUGCGAGGGCGCCAGUCCCGUGCUCUUCGCUGUUGGUGGGGGCAGCCUAUUCGCCAUUCACGGAGACUGCGAAGCAUACGAUACCAGGACAGACCGCUGGCACAUGGUGGCGUCCAUGUCCACUCGGCGGGCCCGGGUGGGCGUGGCAGCUAUUGGGAACAGACUGUAUGCUGUUGGCGGGUACGAUGGGACGUCGGACCUGGCAACUGUGGAAUCAUAUGACCCCAUCAGUAACUCCUGGCAGCCUGAGGUUUCCAUGGGAACGCGACGGAGCUGUUUAGGUGUGGCCGUCUUGCACGGACUGUUGUAUGCGGCUGGGGGUUAUGAUGGAGCUUCCUGUCUCAACAGUGCAGAGCGUUUUGACCCUCUGACCAGCACAUGGACCUCAAUUGCUGCAAUGAGCACACGCAGGCGAUAUGUUCGAGUUGCAACACUAGAUGGAAACUUAUAUGCAGUGGGUGGUUACGACAGUUCCUCACAUCUUGCAACAGUAGAGAAGUACGAUCCUCAGAGCAACACGUGGACACCCAUUGCCAAUAUGCUGAGUCGACGCAGCAGCGCCGGCGUGGCCGUCCUGGACGGCAUGUUGUAUGUAGCAGGAGGCAAUGACGGAACCAGCUGCCUCAACUCCGUGGAAAGGUUCAACCCCAAGACCAACACGUGGGAGGGAGUGUCUGCCAUGAACAUCCGCAGGAGCACUCACGACUUAGUGGCCAUGGAUGGCUGGCUAUACGCCGUGGGAGGCAACGACGGCAGCUCCAGUCUCAACUCAAUCGAGAAGUACAACCCGCGCAGCAACAAGUGGGUGGCGGCCUCCUGUAUGUUCACGCGCCGCAGCAGUGUGGGCGUGGCUGUGCUGGAGCUGCUCAACUUCCCGCCGCCAUCCUCGCCCACCCUGUCUGUGUCUUCCACUAGCCUUUGACACGGGGUCAUCUCUUGGCUGACCUCAGCCUCCUCUGCUAUGCCCCAGACCGGCUUUGGGAAGAGACGUAAUUGUUCGGUUUGAGGAGUAGGAGUGAGGGUGUGAAUGAGGCUCAUAUUAUGAGUAUUGGCACUUUUGGUACAGAUUGGCCCUCAAAAAUGUUACAUGAAUUAGAUUUAACUGAGCUACUGCCAUCCCCACAGGUCUAUUUUGUAUGAUUAAUUUGAAUAUUUUGCACCUCUGUGCAGCUAGGCUGCCCUAUUCAUAUCCAAGUUCUCUCUCCUCAAGAGUACCGACAUAUAGUCGUAGUAAUGAAGGAUGGCCAGCCUUUGCUCAAACCUCACUUUAAUUGCCCCCACCCCAAGAUGUAGUAUGUGCAGUCUCACAGGAGAGACUGGAAGAAAUUAGAAAGUAGCUCACUGGCUGGUGAGAACAAACUGCGUGCUGGCAUCGACUCCCAAACAUGGAGGCUAACAUGAAGUAGUGCUGCUAAUGUCACGCUAGGUGGCAGUAACACGCAACGGUAUUCCCCAUUGUGAGGAAGUAUUUAUAAAGAUGUGUAAAUAUUAAUAUGUUUGACUGUAAGAUGUUCAGAGAAGGAAAAGAAAAUGACGCCUAUUUAAAUAUUAGUAUGUUUAACUGUAAGCUACUGAGAAAGAAAUAUAUGAGAUGCCUAUUUAAAAGUGUUUUAAUUUAUUUAUUUAUAUGUGAAAUAUAUACUGUCAGUGGACUUCAUGAUGUGCGAGAGGGGUAGUGUGGUUGCGUUUGGAGUGUAUCUUAGAUAGUUGUUAUGCAGAAUUCCAUUUGUUUCCAUUAGAGAUGGGCACUUGAUUACUUCCUUUAAUAGACAAUUACUAAAGUUAGCAAUAAUAUUGUUUUUUUUCCCCCAAAGGUAUUGUCCUGUUUGUUAGUGUCACAUUGCACAGAAUGAUACUCAGAGGAGUUGUCAUUGAUUUGAUGUAACGCACUUUUCCCUAAUUGAAAUCAAACUUCUAAAGAGUGCAAACUAGUUUAGAUCUACUCACCUGUGGCUCUUUGAGUUAAAGCAAACUAGUGCAUUCAAGGAAUUAAAUUGGUUAUGAGGCCCAUGUCUAGUGUCCAAGAGUUUCUCCACUUUAACUUGUAUAAUGUGAUCCAAAUAGCACAAGGGCACAUGAAGGACGUCUUCAUAAUUCAUGCAAAUAGUAAUU